AACACAUACACACACAUUCCUCAGCAUUAUAGCGACAAUUUAUAUAUAUAACAUGUACAAUUUAUAUCUCAACGCAAAUUUUGCCAAAGACUUAGCGUUUUGUCAUACGCGAUGCAGUGUGUCUCCGUUCGACUUAAUCCCAUAGCUCGAGUUUAUAGUCUUAAAGGGUUGGUUGAAGGAAACCGUGUGCGGAGGCGGGGGAAAAACUGAGGGGGAGAACAAUAACGAAGACAACGACGGACCUCGAUAACGCAGAAAAACAGGAACGUGUGCAAUGCGCACGCACCCAUCGCAACCACUGUAUGUACAUGCCGCUGGAGGGGUUGUAACGGGGAGGUGAAAACGGAAGCUCGGUUAGAUAGGAAGGGUGCAGUCGCCUCAGACGUCUGCUCGAUCCUACUCUCACGUCGAACCUUCCCUUUAAGCUUUCCGUUUAUUCUCGUUUCCAUCUUCGAUUCUUCCGCUUUCAAUAAAAUCCCGCGAUGGCUUUGGACGCGAACGAGAAGAGCUAUAUCCUGGACGCGAGGAACAACUACGAGGACGGUGGCAGUCUGGGUUCGGAGGAAUCUUACGACGACAUGCGACAACUUGUCGGGGAAAAGAACGAAGAAUCUGGAAAAUUCAGUAGUCUACCUCUGGCCAGUUUUAAUUUCAUCAAUUCCAUCAUUGGCAGUGGUGUUAUUGGUAUACCCUACGCUCUUCAUCAGGCUGGAUUUGGCCUCGGGAUAGUAUUAUUAAUACUAGUAGCAGGCCUCACUGAUUACUCUUUAAUUUUAAUGAUUAGGAGUGGAAACAUUUGCGGUGAAAUGAGUUACCAGGGUUUAAUGAGAGCCAGUUUCGGUCGUACAGGAUUCUAUAUUCUUACGACUCUGCAGUUCAUUUAUCCAUUCAUAGCGAUGGUCUCUUAUAACGUUGUUGUCGGCGACACGGUGACGAAAGUGCUAAUAAGGUUAACAGGGAUGAGCGAGACAAGCAUUUUCGCUCAUCGUCAAGUGGUCGUCUUGUUCGCGACCGUUUGCAUCACUAUACCGCUGUGUCUUUAUAGAAAUGUUGCUCGUUUGGCCAAGAUCUCGUUUCUUUCGUUGGUCUGCGUUGGUUUCAUUCUAUUGGCCAUUUUAAUUCGGAUGGGUACGAUGUCAGCAAUUGUGCCAAGCCAAGAGGAUAGUUGGCGAUUCGCGAAUUUCCCCGGCAUUAUUCCAUCCGUCGGAAUUAUGGCAUUCGCCUUUAUGUGCCACCAUAAUACAUUCCUUAUCUACGAGUCUAUAGAAAGGGCUACUCAACAAAAGUGGGACAUCGUCACCCAUUGGUCGCUCUUCACUUCCUUCGUGAUCGCAACAGCUUUUGGAAUCAUCGGAUAUGCCACGUUUACCGCGUAUGUUCAGGGUGAUCUUAUGGAAAAUUAUUGCUGGGACGAUGAUCUCAUGAAUUUUGCCAGAAUCAUGUUCAGCGGGACUAUUCUACUUACUUUUCCCAUUGAAUGCUUCGUCACAAGGGAGGUAAUACUGACAGCGAUUAAAGGGACCGAUGAGCUCGAAGAUCAUACUGCAUACGUCCCUAACUCCGACCGGAAAUACUUGAUAAUUACUUUGUCGAUAGUGGUUGUCGCAUACCUGAUAUCGAUGUCAACAGAUUGUCUGGGUGUGGUUCUCGAAUUGAAUGGAAUCCUCGCUGCUGUACCUCUAGCUUACGUUCUACCUGGCCUGUGCUACCUCAAACUCGAAGAUGGACCAAUUCUUUCCUCCAAAAAGCUUCCGGCGCUUGGUUUGAUGUCCGCUGGCGUGUUUGCCGCGGUCUCUGGUUUGCUGUUGCUGAUCCUGAACAACGAUACUUCCAGUUCCUGCGUGCAUGGACAGGUAAUGCCGUAUUGUAUCGAGGGUAUGAAUAGCACGAGUUUCGAUUCAAGCAUGAAAAGUACCAUUAGUCCGAUAUAAUCGAGCACGUUCGAAUUGGCCGAGGAAUUUUCAAAAGCUUUUAUUCAAAACCGAUGAUAGCUUUGCGAUGCUCCAAGUUACGGUU